AUGGUCUCGUCACGACAACUCGCACUCCUUGCCGGAGCCCCGGCCGGCAUCCUCGCCCUCGCCGCGCCGCUGCUUCCCCGCGCCGUGGACUACAGCAAGUGGAAGCCCGGCGUCAGCUUCCAGAUCGUCCUCCACCACCCCAUCUUGGCUGGCAGCACGGCAGACAUCGUCCCCGCCAACGCCGACGUCUGGGACAUUGACCUGCAGCACGCCGUCGACUACCCCAACAUCAUUCCCACUCUCAAGUCGGCGGGAAAAAUUGUCAUGUGCUACUUCAACGGCGGCGCCCUCCAAGACUGGGACGAAGACCUCGACGCCUUCCCAUCCGCAGUCAUCGGCUCGCCCCUGAACCCGCCCUACACGGACGAGCGCUACCUCAACAUCAAAGACGCCCGCGUCGUGGCCCUCAUGAAGGCCCGCCUCGAACGCGCCGCCUCCAUCGGCUGCGACGCCGUCGACCCGGACAACAUCGACGCCUGGGCCGAAGACGGCGACGACCCGACGGGUUUCAACCUCCAACCGUCCGAUUAUGCGACGUACAUCUCCGCGCUGGCCGCCCACGCGCACACGCUCGACACCACGGCCGGCUCCGGAAGGAAGCUGCUGCUGGGGCAGAAGAAUGCGCCGACGAUUGCGCCGCAGCUUGCGUCCGUGGCGGAUUUCGCGGUGCUCGAGACGUGUCUAGGGACGAGGACGUCGGACGAGGUUGAGCCGUUUUGCGCGGAUUUCCAGCCGUACAUCGCGGCGGGUAAGCCCGUUUUCCAGAUCGAGUACCCGACGAGCGUGCGGGACGACGACUCCAUCAGCCAGGUUGAUUACAACUACUUUUGCGUCAACAAGAAUGGCAACGAGGGGUUCAGCGAGGUGCUGAAGCACGCGAGCGAGCAGGUUGAUGGGUGGGGCCAGUUCUGCGGGCUGGGGCUUACGGGGGGUAGGUUUGAGACGCCUACUGUUGAUGAGGGGGAUGAUGAGGAGUAA